AUGUCUGCCGACAACAAUGAUUGGGGAUGCUGUGGUGAUAACCCUGACACAGAAGAGUACAUUAAGUGCCAGAAAUGCUCAAAAAAGUUUCAUGUGGCCUGUCUCAGCUCUCCCUCCGUAAUAAAACCAAGUGAGCUUUCGACAUGGGAAUGUCCUCUAUGUACCAGCCUACGACCCAAAACUGGGCAUAACGACAACACGCCGGUGCGAUUUAACCCUAAUGUCACGGUACGGGCUUCUAAAAGACAGGCACUGCAGUCACCUCCAAUAAUAGGAGCGUCGGCUGAUGAAGUUAGAGGGAUCAUGCAGGAGUAUUGUAAGAGCAUUACAUCUAAAAUCGAUUCCCUAACUAUUUCCAUUAGUUCUGAAAUAAAAUCAGUUAAGGAGGAGAUGCUGGAAAUUAGGAGCUCUAUGGAUUUCAUGAAUUCCAAAUUCCAAAAGAAACUAAACAGGCGAUGGUUGAUUUCCAAAAAGAAAACAGUGCUCUAA